GGCUUUCUCAGUGUCUUCCCUGAUGGCACUGGUGGUGAUCUCCUCCAGCCCCGUCUCCUCCAUGAGCUGCGACCUGCCUGCGAGCCUUGACUUGAGAAAGCAGGAGACCCUCAGAGUUCUGCACCAGAUGGAGACAAUCUCUCCUCCUUCCUGUCUGAAGCACAGGACAGACUUCAAAUUCCCCCAGGAGCAGCUGGAUGGCAGGCAGUUCCCAGAGGCCCAGGCCACGUCUGUCCUCCAGGAGAUGCUCCAGCAGAUCGUCAACCUCUUCCACACAGAGCGCUCCUCUGCUGCCUGGAACACGACUCUGCUGGACCGACUCCUCACGGGACUCCAUCAGCAGCUGGAAGACCUCAACACCUGCUUGGAUGAGCAGACAGGAGAGGAAGAAUCCGCCCUGGGAACUGUGGGCCCUACACUGGCCGUGAAGAGGUACUUCAGGAGAAUCCGUCUGUACCUGACAGAGAAGAAAUACAGUGGCUGUGCCUGGGAGAUUGUCAGAGUGGAAAUCAUGAGAUCCUUCUCUUCAUCAGCAAACCUGCAAGGAAGAUUAGGAAUGAAGGAUGGAGACCUGGGGUCACCUUGA